AUGGAUCAAAAUGUACCAAUAAGCAAGAAGCUAUGGAAUAUCGUACGUUUUCUCUUGUACAUGAUUCGCAAAGGAGUCUGUAAGCACAAACUCAUCGCCGACUUCAACGCAACUCUCAAACGUGGCAAGAACCUCAUGUUCCACCACCGUCGUCGCGUUCCCGCCGCUUCAACCGCUUCUGACGCUGCUUCAACCGCUGUACCGCGGCAAGAAUACGAGUUUAGCUGCAGCAACACUCCAAACUAUUCAUUCCCUAUUCCCCAUAUGGCUUUCAUGAAGAAAAAAAGUCACAAUAGUAUUUUCGCGUGUGGUCAAACGCCUCAAACGCUAGAUGACGACUCAGCCGCAGCUAGAGCAGUUCUUGAGCUUCUCAACGGUGUGGGAGACAAAGGAAAUGUUACGCCGUUAGAGUUGACGGCGGCUUUGUCUCCUUAUUUUCCGGGGUUUGGACGGACUCCUUUGGUGAGGCCGUUACGAGUAACGGACUCACCGUUUCCGUUAACGCCGGAAAAUGGUGAUGUGGCAAACGGACACGUGGACCAAGCGGCUGAUGAUUUCAUAAAGAGGUUUUAUAAAAACUUGAAUCAGCAGAAAAAAAUGAUUGAGUAUAGCUAA